GUCAGCACUCAAAACGACUUCGAUAGGCGCCGGCAAAGUGUAAAACAAACAUUCUUCAAUUGAAUAGAAUAUUUGAUGCGAGCGAAUCCUAGCGUUAAAAGAUGGCCCAAACGAGCUCCAUGAAGCUGCUGGGCGCCCGAAACAUGUCCUGUAUUGUGGAGCGCAUGGAGUGGAACAACAAGAUGGAUCUGAUUGCCUAUGGAACGGAGAAGGGCGAGGUGGUUAUCCAGCGGCUGAACUGGCAGAAGAUCGUCACCUUUCCCACGCCUGGCGAGGAUGUGCGGGUGCGCUCCCUCAGCUGGCAAAUGGACGAAACCCUUCUGGCCGUGGGCUACAGCAAUGGAAAGGUGGCGCUUCUAGACGCCGAAAGCGAGACUAUUAUUUCCGGCCUGAUCUACGAGGACGACAUCAAGAAGGUCUACUUCAGCAAGGCCAUUAACUCGAAGGAAAGCCUUGACACCUAUACCUGCAAUGCAAAGGACAAGCACCGCAGGUUCCUGCCUAAACUGCAGACACUGACCAACAUCGAUCCCUGCCUAAAAACAUUGGACCAGAAAUCCUUUCCCAAGGGAUCGCCAUGCUUUCUGGUGGUAAUAAUGCGCAGCGGGAAAGUGCACCUACUGCUCCUCGGCGCCCUGCAGGCGGGAAGCAUUGAUCUCACACAGCACAUCCUGCAUCCGGAGCAGUUCGACGUGUACGAUGUGCGACUGAACGGGGACUUUAAUGCCAUUUACGCUCUGUUGCGAGACGGACAAGAGCUCAAGAUGCUGCACUUUCACAAUCAGGUGCUGCAAGAGUGCAUGGCACCCAUGCUGGAACUGGCAACCCAUUGUGCCCACAUUUUGGAAACCAAGAACUAUAUAAAUGACACACAGCAAUGCUUGACGGAGGCCUGGGAAACCGUUCAGCUGGAGAUGGACAACAAGCUGACCAAGUACGCUAAUUCCCAGCCCUACGGACUGAUAUCCGCCCACUUUCUGGAGCUGCACGUCUUCGGGUUCGCUACCUUUGAGGUAGAGGAGUUUUUGUUCGAAACUCUGUCCGAGAAGGGUUUUAAGAAGAUUUCGAACUCUGUGGACCUUAGUUUGAGCAACCUGCAAAGUCUGGUGUUUAAGCAACUAAACGGAUCGGCCGUCAAUAUGUUUUAUUUCCUCAACACGAUCGCCGGAUUCGGACGCAUGUCGCACUUCUUUGAGUCUCUAAUUUCUCCAGAUGUGGCCAAUGAGGCGAUGCGAGCCUGCGGAGCUUUUGUUCUCAAGGUCCACGAACUGCAGCGAACGAUUGACACUUUGGUGUACGACAUGAAGCUCUUUCACGCGUGGAUGAUAUUCACAAUACUCCGUUUGUCCCAUCAAGAGAUUCCCGAUGACCUUGUGCUUACCGAGGAGGAGAACAUUGCCAUGGCGGACUUUCUGUGCGCCAUGGAACCAGAAAUGGAGGAACGAAGUGAUGACGAGGAGGAAAUGGACCCGCUAGCUGCCACGCCGCCACCGGCUCGCAGCAAAUUCAACCUGGAGCGAGUAGGCCAGUAUCUGGACAAUGCAUACUUGACUCAACCGUAUCCCAAGGAUCCCACUCAGCUGUGGGAAGAGAUGGUGGCCGAGAACGAAUGCCUGAGCCACUGCAAACUGUUUGUGCCGCACGACAAGAAUCUGUCCCUUGUGCAGCAGCGCGACAAGAUGUUCAAUGCCAUCGAUGCGGUGUUCCACAAACCAACGGAGAGCAUAAGCGGUAGUUUCAAGCUCUCCUCGGCGGUCAUAUGCGGCGAUCUACCACCCAUGGAGCCCGGUGAGGGUCUGAAGGAUCGAGAGUUCGUGACCUGCAGCUAUUAUGUCAACGAAGUAUCCAAAAGUGAUAUGUUGGCGUGCACCAUCAGCUGGCAGGAGGCCAUGAUCCUGGAGGUUAGCCGAGCGGGGGAUUGUCUGGUGCGCUGCACACGAAUACAACUACAACCGGGGAUGUUCACGCCGUCCGUUCACGAGGAUUACUACAACCUGAUCUUUGUCGAUUUACAGUUCUACAACGAAUCCUCGCUUUCGAUGCUGGCCCAGAGUACGCAAUCAAUGCCAGGCAGUCGUCCACAUAGCUACUUUAUACAAUUUUCACUCAGUGCGGCAAGAAAUCAAUGCACCCAGCACCAAAUGGGUCCACUGGUAAAACUAAAGGACGCCACUGUGACGCAUAGCAUCCAUGACAUUCUCGAUAGCGCCACCUUUAAAGGAUUGGACGGAGUUUGCGAGAUGCUAGCUGUCUCGGGUAGCCGAAAGGUGGCCACCGUACUCUCCGAUCGCAAACGCAAGAUGACCAUUUUUGAGAUGGAAAUCGAGGAGGAGGAAGACGAUACCGAAAUGUCGCAGGCCUCGUUUCUGGAAAUUAGCAAGGAGUCUGUGCUCGCGGGCGUUGCAGAUUCUGAAAAACCAGAUGCGUAGUUAAUUCUGUUUUUUGCUUGAAAUAAGACAGAAAUUCAAAUUCAUUGAAACGGAUAAAAGAGUGAUAAAUUAAAAAUUACAUUUUAAAUUAUUCGUAUAAUUAAAUAAUAUAAUUACAUAUUUCUAUGGAAACAAUGGCUAAUUAUAUGUAGACUUCUCUAUUCUAUUUUGUUGAGAAUAAACCCCUCUUUAUUUAAAAA